GGAUUACCCCCGACAUCUGAUCCAGAUGUCACCUCAAGCAACCUUGGAUCUUAUGAGUAUCCUACGAGCUAUGCACCAAUUCUACAGCCCACGCCAGUAUCCGCAGAGGCUCAGUACCAAGUUCAAGACCUACUCGGUUCCAACCCUUCUUUGAACACCGGCACUCAACUCACUCCCCGAGCAAAUCCCCCACCAGAUUUGCCCAAUGCAUUCUCUCGUACUCCAACGAUCCAUGGUCCUUUCCCUCCACAGACCUCCCACCCCUCCAUACCGCCGCAGGAGAUCGCAGCCUCAGCAAAGAACAAGGCAACGAUCUCUUCCAACGAAGGGUUUGCUAGCAACUUGAAGAAAAAGUUUUCUACUUCAUCUACAAAUAUAAUACGGCGAGUUUCGGACAUGAAGGAUAAAGAGGCAGAGCUAGCUCGACCUACAAAGAGUCGACAAUAUUGGCCCUCUAAAUAUGAAGCAGAAGUCUUCACCGAAGAGGACAUGAAGCUUCCUGCUGCUAAGAGGCGCAGAAUUUACAUCAACUCUCUCGAGCAGUAUUGUAACACACUCAAUGAACUGAUGAGGGUUCAUGGCCUUCUCGCUGAGCCGAAACCCUUUGCCAAAGAG